AAGCUAUAGGCACGUUAUGAUUAUAAGUUUUUGAAAGGUAAAAUUAUUUCUACCUGUCAAUUUUUACCUGGAGAUGUUAAAAACAGGCCACAUAACAACGCUAAAGAUAACAGGCACAUAUUUUUUCAGGAUUCCAAAAAACUAAAAUUUGGGGGAUGACCACAGCAACAACAAUGAAUGGAAAAGUGGAGAUAACUCUUGCUGAAUUAAUCGAAUCAAAAUUCCUGAGGUGUUCCAAAUGUAACCAGACUUAUCAGAAUCCCAGGAUUCUCCCUUGUCUACAUACAUUCUGUGAGAAGUGUAUUGAGGAAAUCUCCCAUGAUGCACCAGGCACGACAAAUCAAGAAAAUUCUAUUGAUCGAUUACAGUGCCCUAUAUGUCAGUCUUUUAUAGGAAUUCCAGGAGAGGGAGCCACUACAUUUCCUGAGAAUCCAUUCUUGUCUAAUUUACUGAAUAUUCAUGAUUACAAACAUCCAAAAGAACGAAAGUGUGAUUAUUGCUCAUUUGAUGGGAAAAGGACAUCAGCUGAAUAUCUAUGUUUAGACUGUAAUGACGAUAUGUGUAGCAAUUGUUCCGAUGCCCACCGUCGCACAAAAAUAACCCGUAACCACAGUGUCAUACCAUUCAAACAAAUUCAAAAUGGCCUCUAUGAUCAUGACAUGCGUUCACAUCAAGCACGACCAUGUACCAAACAUGAUGAUCAAUUGGACUUUUUUUGUGAAAUCUGUGAAAUUCUAAUUUGUCCUCAAUGUAAAAAUGAGGAGCAUGAUAGUCAUAAAAGUAUCAAAUUUGACGAUGCCUUGCCUCGCUAUAAACGUCAUAUCAAUGGCUUACUAGAGGGAAUCCAAGGUCGCAUUCCCAGCAUUGCUGACUAUGUGAAAUAUUUAAAAUCUUAUGAGAAUUCGUUGAAAGAGAGCAAACAAAAACUUACAGAAAAUUUAGAAGCCCAGUCAAAGACUUUACAUCAAAUAAUUGACAGUUACAAAUCUAAAAUGCUUACAAACAUUUCUCAAAAAUGUGAAGCGGAAUUGGCUGACCUUGAAACAAAAAGCAAUAACCUUGAAAUUGCUGGUAAAUCUUUGCAGGAUAAUGCAACAUAUCUUCAAUAUCUACUUCAUCAUGGACGUAGCGACGAAAUCCUUGCUUUACAUCGUCAAAUUACUUUCCGUCUUACACAACUUGCUAAUAUGCAAAUUGAUGGAAUUACUCAGAAACUAAAAAUGGGGUUCUCCCCAGGAACAAACAUGGAACAAAAUAUUAAACUUCUCUUUGGAAAACUUCUACUUGAACAUGUUCCUGUUAGUCAAAAAGAGGCUGCAUCUGCUCUUGAAAAUGGUCAGCUGUCUGUGACCACUAUGUUACCACCAUUGAAGAAUUCACCAGAGGUCGUGAAAACAUUCGACGCAGAGGGAAGCAAUGAUUUUAAAGAUGUCUGGCCAACCGGAGUCUCUAUUACGCAGAGUGAUGAGGUGGUCACAGUAGACAGGGACAACAAAAAGGUCAAGGUCUUUGACAAGAAUGGCAACCUCACUUUGGAAUUCGUUGGAAAGCCAGAUGACAAGUUAGGAUCACCUUUUGAUGCAACUGUUCUAAAAAAUGGAAAUAUUGCAGUGACAGACUAUGAAACAAACGAAGUUAAGAUUUUUGAUGCGGCUGGUCAAUUUCUUUCCUCUAUUUCUGGUCAUUUCAAGCAUCCAAGGGGAAUAACUACAAACAGCAAAGGUCAUAUCAUAGUUGUAGAUUGUGGUACACUACAGUUAACAGUUUAUGACCCCAAAACAGGAGAACUUUUACAGAAAAUAGAAGCAGUAGAUGGAAAAGGUUCGAAAGUUCUGGUAGAUCCAUAUUGUGUGGCCGUUACUAAUAAGGAUAAUAUCUUAGUAACAGACACAGCAGCGCCAAAUAUCAAAAUCUUCAGUUCAAGCGGAAAAUUCCUUGCAAAAUAUGGAAGUUAUGGCACGAAACAAGAUCAAAUACUUCAACCCUACGGUAUCUGUUGUGAUGAUUACGGGUAUAUUUUCGUAGCCGACAACCAGAACCAUCGUAUUCACGUUCUUUUACCUGAUGGUUCAUUCUGUAAAUAUCUUCUGACAAAAAGCGAUGGACUCUGGCAUCCUAUGGGUUUAGCUAUCACUAAAAAUGGACAUUUUCUAGUCACAGAAGCGCUAGGCAAAGUUCGCGUCUUCCGAUAUAUUUAAAGAACUAAAAUGAAAACGGCAUCUAGAGUUUAGUUUAAUCAAUCUGACACUCUCCUUUCAUGUACUAGUGCAAUUAAAUAUCUUUAUCAAA